AUGGACCGCACUGACUCUGCUUCCACCCCUGACACGGAAGCGUCGAGGGCUACUGGUUACUUCCCCCCUCAUCAACCGUACCUCGCUCCAGAGCGCGAACCCACAGAAACCCCGCGCCCUGCUAACGCUGGGUUUUCGCCCGUCUCGGUCCCUGCCUCCCAGUCGGCGUACUCGUCAUGGUCUCCUAUUUUGACUCGCCCUCGCGGUAGCAGUGGCAGCGGUGCUUCCAUGAACGCGCUUGAACAACCCCUUCCUCCAGAUAUGGCCGCUAUGAAUGAUCGUGACUUGAGGCCUCAACGUCCGCCCGGGCCAGCGAGGACGCCAUCCAACACAUAUGCUCCUGCCAGGAAGCCCCCUCAAUUCACCCCACUUCACUCCAGCACUCAGGUACCCCUUGCUACCAAACGCCCUACACGACGAGACCCAGAUGCGAGAUACCGUGCCCAGGAGAAGGCCUACGUGCAGCGAGUGCGCCAGGGACCUAAUGAAUGGUUCAAUUUUGACACGCAGCUCCCUGGCCUGAGUUUUGCCGCCGAUUCCGAACCAGAGGAAGAAUCCCCUUCAUCAGAGUCACAGUUUGACAACGAUCCUUUCGACCCUGACACCCACCUCGUCUUAGAAGAUGACGAUGCCCAACCCACGCUUGAGGAGCUGCAGGAUCCCAAAAAUAAAGAAAGACUUGAGUGGUAUUCUAUGCUGGCGUCGGUCCUUAAAGGUGAUGUUAUUAGGCAGGAGAAGCAGCGGCUAAUUGGGACAAUGGAACAGAAAAGCCGUGAGGUAUGGAAUUUGGAAAUUUUUGUCGGAGCCAAAGCAGCGAGGUUUGGGCGCCCGCUUCCUUUACAAAAGAAAUUUGUCGAGUAUCAGAUAAGCAACCUCGGCCCUCUCAUUGAGGACAUCAUAUCCUUUGAGAUCAAGGGGGAAACACAAGUUGGGAAACCUCCUCUGAAACAAGUUGAAGAUGUCGUGGAGAAGAUCGAAAAGUGCGAGAGCCUCUACCCCAGUAGGCGAAUCCUACAAGCAGAGCAUCCUCGCGCGGCAUCGGAAGAAUUCCAAGAAAGUUGCGAUGCUAUCAUCGCGUGGCAUAAUACAACCAUGUCCAUUAACACGGAGCUUGCCAUCCUGCAAAGAUGGGUGGGUAACGAAGAAUUGGAUUUCGCGAAGCCCAUGACGAUGUCGUCCCUUGCAGCAGAUUUGUCAGACGAAGGAUCUUUUCUCGACCGUAUAAUGAAGGAAGACGGACUUAAAACUCUUCAAAUCACCGAUAACAUCUAUGAUAACGAUAAGAAGAAGGAGCCUUCUAUCUUGGAUGGUAUUGGUGGUGUUAUUAAAAAGGCGAAAAGCACAUUAAUUGAGAACGCGGAAGCAUUUGCCAAACGCCAUCUUCCACCUUACAUCGAGGAACUAUUAACCCUCAUAAACUUCCCUUCACGCCUUAUUCAGGAAGUCAUCCGACUGCGGCUUUCCUAUGCUAGGAAAAUGAAGGAUCCCGCCUUGCAAUCCCCCAUCUUGGUCGACCAAAUGAUCUCACAGUUCCAAAUAUUGCUGAAGGUUGCUGUGGAUAUCAAACAACGCUAUCUCAUCAUCUCGGAUCCCGAGCCUGGUUGGGAUCUCCCACCGUGCGUUGACGAAAACUUUGACAACGUAGUCGUUGACGGACUGAAGUACUAUUUCAAACUACUAAACUGGAAGCUAAGUGCCAAUAAGAACACUUUCAAGGAAGCGGAGAUUUUGGAAGGGGAGUGGGAGUUCUCGAAUGAAAUUGGCCGACAACUUGAGAAUGGAGAUAUUGAGGUGGCUGAACAGUUUAGUACUUUAACCGCUAAAUCCCUCCAACGAUUAAUGAUCCACUUUGAGCGGGAGUUACAUAGUAGACCGGAAGAAGAUGCCGUCGAGACGGAGAAACGCUACAAGCAGAUUUUUGAUUCAGUCCGGGUCCGCCAGCGAAAGCUUUUUCGGUUUUCUCGUCUUUUGCGACAGCGAUUCGAAAAUGCAACCGAAUUCAAUUUGCGGGAGGAUAUGGUAGACACGUUGUCGGAGGCUCUCCUGGCCUCGGGUCAUUUUCUGGUUACUUCUCACGAUUCCGUGGGCCAGAAGGGGGUUCAUUUGAUUGCAUCGCCUUCCUUAUACGGGCGACCCAAGGAUAUCCAGUCUAUCCUAGGCACGUCCUUCCGUUCUGAAGAUUCUCCUGAAGAUCCUUCCAACCCCUAUGUUCUUGUCGUCCGCCCUGAAAAGGGCCUGGUUUGGAAUGGUAAAAGGAUGGAAGUGGACCUCUUAGAACAUCCCACUGAUGUUAGAUUUGGGAAACUACGCCUUGUUGCAGACGGAUCUCAACAACGGCUCCAGAAUGCCCGCCUAGCUUUGACUAGACUUACUGGGCUACAGCUGGAUAUUACCAUUGAACAGCGCGCCAACUUGGGUCGAGUGAAUGUUGAGCUGAACAAGAUCAAGAAGACUGCUUACAAACUUUCAACAGGCAUCAUUGAUAGUGUCGAAAUCAUCAGAAGACAGAGCAAAAACGCAGAAAACCAUGAACUCAUCCAAUCCUGUUUCGCAUUCGCUACGGAAUUUGGCAAGCGAUCCUUAAUGUAUAUGGAUGCCAGCCGACGUUCGUUGAACCAUUCCAAGCUUAUCAAUUUGGCGCUUGAUUGGGUUUCCUUCAUUUGCGAUGAUUGUGACGCUGCCGAUCGCAAAACUUUUAAAUGGGCUGUUGCGGCUCUUGAAUUUGCUAUGAUAGUAACGCAUGGCCAAAACGUACUUGCCAUCAGCGAUGAAGAUUAUUGCCUUCUCCGACUUAAAGUGGCCGGAUGUAUGUCACUUUUAAUUUCCCAUUUCGAUAUCAUGGGCGCAAGAUCAUCGUUGGCAGCCCAAGCUGAGCAACAACACGCGGAUCCUUCCGGGCAAGGAUUCAGAAAACUUGAUCUGAGCCGGAUUACGGAUGAUGAUCAAGCUUCACGGGAGGUUCAAGAAAGGCGGGAGGAGCUCUUUGCGGAAAUUGAUUUGGCUAGAAUCGAGGCUGAUGCCAAGCGUCAAGCUCUGGGUAAAGUUCUCGAAGGUGUCAAUGAAGCGGAUCGAUCUGUCACUGUUCUGUCCUCAUCGGCAACAAACGUCACAUUACGAUGGCAGCAAGGCCAGUUUAUCGGUGGAGGGACAUCUGGCUCGGUCUAUGCUGCUAUUGAUUUGGAUACUAGUUACCUGAUGGCUGUGAAGGAAAUCCGCCUCCAGGAACCUUCCGUAAUUCCAGGAGCUGCUCAACAAAUCCGCGACGAGAUGGGUGUUCUCGAAGUGCUCGAUCACCCUAAUAUUAUUUCGUACUACGGUAUUGAGGUGCACCGGGAUAAGGUAUAUAUUUUCAUGGAAUACUGCUCUGGCGGGUCUCUCGCAACCCUCUUGGAGCAUGGUCGAAUCGAAGACGAGAUGGUCAUUAUGGUAUACACUCUCCAGAUGUUGGAGGGCUUGGCGUAUCUCCACCAGGCUGGCAUUGUCCAUCGCGAUAUCAAACCCGCAAACAUAUUGCUUGACCAUAAUGGAGUCAUCAAAUAUGUCGAUUUCGGUGCGGCAAUGGUCAUCGCCCGCCAAGGCAAAACUCUAGCUGCCAUGGAUCAUUACUCGUCAGGCGCAAGAGAUGGAAGGGGCCAGGCGAAGGACGCACUUGGGCAGAGGAAGAACCAAAAGUCGGUGACAGGCACUCCAAUGUACAUGUCGCCAGAACUAGUCAGGGGAGAAGUUGGCCAUACAUCCGGCCGCCAUGGGUGCAUGGAUAUCUGGUCGCUUGGAUGUGUCAUUCUCGAAAUGGCCACGGGCCACCGACCCUGGGCAGGCGUUGACAACGAAUGGGCAAUCAUGUACAAGAUUGCGCAGGGCAGCCAACCACAGCUACCCACCCCAGACCAGCUCAGUCCAAUGGGCAUCGAUUUCAUCAAACGAUGCUUUGAGAUAGACCCCGUCAAACGACCAAGUGCGACAGAGCUUCUCCAGCAUGAGUGGAUUGUUAGUAUUCGGCAACAGGUUGUUGCUGAGCCUCAGACCCCUAGCAGCGAGUGA